CUCGCGCAGCCGCCACUCGGGGCGAGGGGGGCAGUUUCGGCCCCGCUCCCCGGGCGCGCGGAGGAGAGCCAGGCGGAGGGCGCGCGCGCGCGGGGCUCUUUCCCUCCUGGGCACUCCCGGCUGGAGCGGCGCGGCGGCGCGGCUGGUCAGACAUGGAGGAGUUAAUAGUUGAAUUGCAGCUGUUUCUUGAACUUCUGGACCACGAAUACCUAACCUCCACAGUUAGGGAGAAAAAGGCAGUCUUGACGAACAUCCUUCUGAGGAUACAAUCGUCCAAAGAUUUUGAAAUAAAAUCAAAUGUGCAGAAACAAGAGGUGGCCAAUAACGUGCCCGCCCCUCCUCAGAUGCCUCUUCCAGAGAUCCCUCAGCAGUGGCUGCUACCAGAUAGCGGGCCUCCACCGUUACCUUCGUCAUCCCUUCCUGAAGGUUACUAUGAGGAGGCUGUUCCCCUCAGUCCGGGAAAGGCUCCUGAAUACAUCACAUCCAAUUAUGAUUCGGAUGCUAUGAGCAGCUCUUACGAAUCUUACGACGAAGAGGACGAGGAUGGGAAAGGGAAAAAAAUGAGACACCAGUGGCCUUCCGAGGAGGCAUCUAUGGACCUUGUGAAGGAUGCGAAAAUCUGUGCCUUCCUCUUAAGGAAGAAGCGGUUUGGACAGUGGACUAAACUGCUGUGUGUGAUCAAAGAAAACAAACUUCUGUGCUAUAAAAGUUCCAAGGACCAGCAACCUCAAAUGGAGCUGUUGUUGAAUGGCUGCAGUAUUACAUACAUCCCCAAGGACAGCAAGAAGAAGCAGCAUGAACUGAAAAUCAUUCAUCAAGGGCAGGAUGCUCUAGUUCUUGCGGUGCAAAGCAAGGAACAGGCUGAUCAGUGGCUGAAGGUGAUAAAGGAAGUUUGCAACAACUACAUUGGAGGUACAGAUUCCGAUGGCCCACCAUCUAAUUCUCCCAUACACAAGACUGAACUAGAAAAGAAAUUGUCCUCUGAAAGGCCGAGUUCUGAUGGAGAGGGGGCCGUAGAAAACGGGACUGUCACCAUCUGUAAUGGAAAAGAACAAGUAAAGAGAAAAAAGAGCACGAAGACGGACUCCAAGGGCCCCGUGACUAAAGUAACGGGGAAAAAGAUCACCAAGAUGAUUGGUUUAGGGAAGAAGAAGCUCUCCACGGACGAACAGACAUCAUCAGCUGAUGAAGACAUUCCCACCUGUGGCUAUCUGAAUGUGCUGUCAAAUAACCGUUGGCGUGAGCGCUGGUGCAGAGUGAAGGACAAUAAACUCAUUUUCCAUAAAGAUAGAACAGAUCUGAAGAAUCACAUCGUCUCUAUUCCCCUUCGCGGCUGUGAUGUUAUUCCAGGGCUGGAUUCCAAGCAUCCUUUGACGUUCCGACUACUUCGAAACGCACAGGAAGUUGCAGUGUUAGAGUUUAAAGGAAAGAAGACUCCUCUGGCUGCAAAUGGAAUUGUGGGGAAAGGGAGAACUUUAAGCAAUCCUCAGAAGAAAUCAGAAUUUGCUUCAAAUGUGAAACGCAAUACCUCUAAUGCUGAUCAGUACAAGUAUGGCAAGAACCGCGUAGAAGCAGACGCAAAGAGGCUGCAGACCAAAGAGGAGGAGCUCUUGAGGAGAAAAGAAGUGUUGCGGAGUCGCCUGGCUCAGCUCCGGAAAGAAAGGAAAGACCUCAGAGCAGCACUCGAAGCGAACACUGGCAAGAAAACCCUAGUUAUUCUUGAAGAUAAAUUAAAGAAGCUGGAGGAGGAGUGUAAGUUGAAGGAGUCUGAACGUGUGACUCUGGAAUUGGAGCUGACCGAGCUGAAGGAAAACCUGAAGAAGGCCUUGGCCGGAGGCAUCACCCUGGGGCUGGCCAUAGAACCCAAAUCAGGAACCUCCAGCGCCCAGUCUCCAGUACUUAAGCAUCAGACAUUGGAAAACUCGCCAAUCUCCAGCUGUGAUACGAGCGAUACAGAAUGUUCGGUGCCUGUGAACAGUGCGGUGGUCUUAAAGAGACAUUCCUCUUCAAGCACAUCCCCCUGUAGAGGCCACGUACUUCAGAAGGCAAAGGAAUGGGAGUUGAAAAAUGGAACAUAAAAGAAUAAAAUAAUUUCUAGCCCUCUGCUUUGAGGCUCUGUCUGGUGUGGCUGAAGAUGGAGUGAAGUGGAUUUAUCUAUACAGCAAUAUUAAGGAUUGGUCAAUCCCACUCAGUCAGCGGUCCAUGCAAAAGAAUGCAUCUGAGAGAAGGGCUGACUAGAACAUGAUGUUUUCAUUACUGUUGAGUCUUCAUCUGGAAUAUCAGUGAUAAGAAGGGAACCAUUUAAAUGAUUUCGUAGCAAGACUGGGUUAAACUAGCACUAGCAGUUGUAUGGGAUGGAAAUGAAGAUUGGCAUGUUUCAGUACCCAUUUGAAAUAGUUUUAGGUAGCUUUUAAUCAUUUGAUAUGAGGUCUAAUGUGGAAUUCCGACAUGCGUUGCUGGAUAGGUGUGGAAAGUCACAAGUGUGCGGCUUCCAUUCAGUGCUUGUGCGUUUUUCAUGGGAGAAGAUUGAAAAGCUGGAUUCUCUGCUGAAGUCGGGGACAUUUCUCUUGCCCUGAGAGGCAGGGAAGAUGAAACACAGCUGGGGAAUGCCUUUGGACAGGGGCGGCUCCCGGUUGCUGCCAUCAGUGUAAAGAGAUUAUUUAUUAUUAUUUUUUUCCAAACGUGUUUAUUCUUUUUUUAAAAUCAACAGAUACAUGCGUCACUUCACACGAUUGCAGGAAAUACAUGCUCGUUAAAGCAAACAAUUACAACUCGCCUUCCUAACUCUGGAAGUGGAAAGGACUCCGUGAGCUUAAAACAUCAAAUGCAUUUGAAUAUAUUCUAAGGGAAAAAAGACCAAAUCUGUUUGGAAACCUCUCGCCUCCCUCUUUUUGAGAACACUGCCUUUUUUUCUGACCAGAGUUCAUCCAAUCAGCAAUUAAUAUUUGAGUUUUUAUUUUUAUUAUUCCUAAGCACCUAUUAUCUUCAGUGGUCUGUGUUGUAAGAUAUACAAUUCCCUGAGUGUGUGUUUGUUUUUAAAGGAACGUUUAUUUAUAUAACUUUUUAUAAAGUUUCUUUCUCUCUCUCUCUCUUUUUUUUUUUUGCUGUAGCACAGUGGCUAAGCAACUGGAGCACCUUCCUUAUGAGGAGAGGCUGCAGCGUUUGGGACUCUUUAGUUUGGAGAGGAGGCGGCU